UAAACAAAUUUCUGCGUAUAAAUUUUUCUAUCCAUUCUUUAAAUUUGUUCUUUGAUUUUUGGAAAAUAUGAGAAUCUAUCCAAAUGCUGAUAUUUGGUUUUUCGUCGACAAGCCAGGCUGCUGGGGCAAGUACGAGAAGUAUGCCCCGCACCACAGCUGGAAAUUGCCGGUGCGGCCAUUCACGCCGAAGGUCAUGUACCACUGGCGCGAUCUCGAUGGUGUCAAGAAGCCGGAGAUAAAGCGAAAGGAUCUCUACUUCGAUAACUGGCCGAAGUCUCGAAUUCGCGCACAGGCCUGCCUGGGCAUGCUCUAUGCCACUGGCUAUCGGUUCAUUAGGAUCUGCAAGGCACCACCGGCUGGCUUCAAGUGUGCACCACUUCCGGUCAAUCUGGUCGGCGCCUAUCAGGUCAACGCACAUUUGAAACAACUGAGGAAAGAAGAGAAGGCUGCAAAGAAAGCUGCUAAAAAGGCAGCAAAGGAUGCCAAGAAAGCAGCUGAGGCAUUUAAGAAUAGAGGCAAAAAGCGAGGAAGAUCGUAGACAAGAAUUAAAUUGGAUGCAAGCUGAGGAAAAUUCUAGCAAAUUAUUUCUCAGUUCAUUCGCAGCAAUAGACAUUCUGAUGCAGCUUUGGAUACAAAUUCUCAAUGUUUUCUUG